CAACAGCAGGGGUGCCAAAAAUUGAAGCGAGGAAAAAGCCGGAGGCUGACAUUUUUCUCCAGGGUGUCCGCCGCAGGGAACCCAGCGCCGAGAGCCCCGGGCUUUGAACAGACACACCACUGAGGCUUGUUUUGCAGACAAAAAUCAGCAGACUGAUCCAAGUGCAACAACUCUAAAGGACCGAGGAGAGCUCCCCUUUUGAAUCCCAUCUGACAGCAAGAAGGGCUCUGGUCAGCCUGAAGUGAAGGGUCACUGAGCUCAGACACUCUCCUUCCACUGACUCACAAUUAUACACACAUAGGGGAAAGGUCACACACAUAGAGGGAUCUGCACGACGACACGUACACAUUCAUAUUUACACACACAGACUCUUUGGGAACACACACAAAGACUGCAUAAACGCAGACACACACUCACACACACACUCAGGCUCUCUGAGCAGGAUGAGGGGACCCUGGAGGUGCCUGCUAGGCUUGUGCCUCCUGGCAUGCUCAUCUUUAACCCACAGUGCCACCAACCCCUUCUCAGGGCAGCAGACCCCUCAAGACCCUUGCUAUGAUGACACAGGCGCAGCCCGUCGCUGUAUCCCCGAGUUUAUUAACGCCGCCUUCGGCAAGGAGGUGACGGUGUCCAGCAUCUGCGGCCGGCCUCCGUCCCGUUCCUGCAGCGUGGUGGAGCGUACCGACGACCGGCCUUCUGUGCGUGCGUGCCAAAUCUGUGAUGCAACCGACCCUCGUCGGGCCCACCCUGCUUCCUACCUCACUGACCUCAACUCAGCUCACAACCUCAGCUGCUGGCAGUCAGAGAAUCUGAACACCUCGCCUCACAACGUGACUCUCACGCUUUCACUGAGUAAAAAGUUUGAGAUCACCUAUGUCAGCCUGCAGUUCUGUUCACCACGACCCGAGUCCCUGGCCAUAUACAAGAGCAUGGACUACGGCAAGACCUGGAUGCCCUACCAGUUCUACUCCUCACAGUGUCGGCGUAUGUACAAUCGGCCCAACAAAGCAAGCAUUACCAAGCAGAACGAACAGGAGGCUCUAUGCACAGAUGGCCACACCGACCUCUACCCGCUGUCUGGAGGCCUCAUUGCAUUCAGCACUCUGGACGGACGGCCCUCCGGCAAAGACUUUGACAACAGCCCUGUCCUCCAGGACUGGGUGACUGUCACAGACAUCCGUGUGGUCUUCAGCCGUCCCCAGCUUCCCCGGGAGCUGGGACUGGGGGCAGGAAGCAACAGCGGAGGGAGGGACGACGACCCCAUGGCGGUGACAUCGUCGCUGCCAACUUAUUUCUAUGCAGUGGGAGACUUCCAGGUGGGCGGGAGGUGUAAAUGCAACGGACAUGGCUCGCGCUGUCUGAAAGACAAGGAAGGCAAACUGGUGUGUGACUGCAAGCACAACACGGAGGGACCUGAAUGUGACCGCUGCAAGCCCUUUCAUUAUGACCGACCGUGGCAGAGGGCCAAUGCUCGCGAGGCCAAUGAGUGUCUGCCGUGCAACUGCAACCUCCAUGCCCGUCGCUGUCGAUUCAACAUGGAGCUGUACAAGCUGUCGGGGAGGAAGAGCGGAGGGGUCUGCAUGAACUGCCGCCACAACACCGCAGGCCGCCACUGCCACUACUGCAAGGAGGGCUUUUACAGAGACAUGGCCAGACCCAUCACUCACCGACGAGCCUGCAAAGCCUGUGACUGCCACCCUGUGGGCGCGGCCGGCAAGACGUGCAACCAGACCACAGGCCAGUGCCCCUGCAAGGACGGCGUCACCGGCAUCACCUGCAACCGCUGCGCCAAGGGCUACCAGCAGAGCCGCUCACCAGUGGCCCCCUGCAUCAAAAUCCCGGUGGUCAAUCCCACAGCUGUGGUGAGCAGCACAGAGGAACCAGCAGAUUGCGAGUCCUAUUGUAAACCAGUGAAGGGCAACCUGAAGAUCAACAUGAAGAAAUAUUGCAAAAAGGAUUACGCGGUGCAAGUGAACGUGCUGGACAUGGAGACGGUGGGGGACUGGGCGAAGUUCUCAGUUAAUUUGGUGUCUGUGUACAAGAGCCGCGGAGAGCCCAUGAAGCGAGGCGACAACAUCCUGUGGGUACACAUGAAGGACCUGGCCUGCAAAUGUCCCAAGAUCCAGAUGAGCAAACGAUUCUUAGUGAUGGGCGGCAGCGACGGCGGGACGGGGACGGGGCCAGGGGUCGGGCCCGGGGGCGGGGGCGGAGCCACCAGUCCAGGGGCGGAGCGCAUCGGCUUAAUGGCCGAUAAGAACAGCCUGGUGAUCCAGUGGAGGGACGUUUGGACGAGACGCCUGAGGAAGUUCCAGCGCAAAGAGAAGAAGGGGAAGUGCAGCAAAGCGUGAUGAGAAAGCAGCGCUCAGCCCUACCUCUCCCUCCAUCGCCCACCUUCAUGAACCCUUACCUAGCGAUCUCCCUCUCCCCCCCCAUCCCCCCCGCCAUCACGGGAACACUGCACAUUAGAAAGACUGCAUGUACCCUACCUGUUUUAAGGACCACGUUUUGUGUAUAUUGUAUAAUUAUUUUCCUUUUUAUUUUUCAAGGUUCUUUGUUAUGUCUUUUUUUUGUCCAAUUGGUUUGCCUUAAAAAGGGACCAUUAAAAAGGGUAUGAAGUGUAGACAAAAGCAGACGCCAUUCCCUCCCUCGACGACGACAGCGGAAAUGUCCACUCGUCCCCGAACUACGACCCCCUGACCCUCAGCCUCCGCUUCCUGUCAAGACCGACGGUCUCCUGCCACUUUGUUUGACGUAUAAAAAAACCGCACUUCACACACUUCUGUGAGGAUUUUAUUCAACAGUGUUUGUCACUGACUGAUUUCAGCAACGAGACAAGCCGCACAUCCUCAGCCUCCUCACGUUUCAUUGUUGAAACAACUCGAGCUGGAACACCUGACAACCUUUCAACGUUUGCCGUUAAACAUGUUGAGUCUCUGCAGUAACGUCUACAGACUGUAACUAUGAAACUCUUGUCCCGCGAGGAACCAAGGGCUCCCUUUGCAGGGACGUUUUCCACAGCAAACCUCAGUCUCACCACCACUGCUGCUGCAGCCAGACAGCCCUCACAGAACACACUGCUCGUGUAGGCUCUUAUAUCUGCAAGUAUUCGAUGCCACUGCUCAUAGUAGAGUUUAUAUUCUUCGUGUGGCUACUUGUAUCUCAUCCAUCCAUAUCCCAGCCAUAUCCUUAUUUGAGAUAUAUCUUUUUGUUUCAUUUUAGGCAGAACAAACCCUGUCACCAUGUGUGAGUCACAUUCCAGGCCUCCGGGGCUGUGCCUCUUCACCACUAGUCCCUCUCAUGAGUGGUUUAUAAAGUCAUGCAUCACCAUCAUGACUCAUUGCUUGUCACUUUUUCUGGAAGAAAGAUUAAGCGGUGUGGACAAAUGGCUGGAAUUUCAGAACAAUACCAAUAUUUCCAAGGAGACUUUUUUUGCUUUAUGGAUAAUGUCUUCCGCUCGGUAGUGGCCUUCCAGAUGUUGCUGUGUGGCCAUUGUCAUUUCUUUGUAUUUAAAUGUCUGAACAUUUGGACUGGCAGACUUUUGUUUGCCGAAAUAAGAGAUUGAAACGAGAGUUCCUUUUCAUGCAGUAAAAAGAAAACAAAGUCGGAUAAACAACAUAAUCGUGUUUUUCUCUAGUGUAUUUUGACAAAAUGAAUGAGGCUGGAAAGUUUUUAGUGCUCACUGAUUGUAUUCUGACAUGAGAGGAUCAUAUUUCGUUCCUCAUGUGCUUUGUUAUGUUUGCAUGUUUGUGGUUUUUGCUGGUCCAUCAAAACCUUACAGUGAGCAGAGCAAGAACUAAACUAAAAGUGAGCAUCGAGAUCCAAAGGAAAACUUCCCAAGUCAUCUUCCCCCCACUUGCCUACCCUCACACAGUCCCUGUCAUCCUUUGCCAAAUAAGCAUAGUCAGUUUUUAAAUUCAAUUAAGCGACUAUAGAAGUCAGGACCAACAAAAACCACAGAGAGACCCGUCUGGUUGCUCUCAAGCUUUUAAUCUGCCUUUUGCUGUUAUUUCAUUUUGUAAAGCACAUUAGAAUUUAUUUAAAUAGAGUACAAGAUAAACACACAGUUUUGAGGGGCACGUCAAGCUAGCGUAGCAGCGAGUGUGCCGACAAGCAUGUCAUGCUAGCGAGUGGUUACGCUCCUCUGGCUGCGGCGGUAUGUUUGGUUUGUCAUUCUUCCAAAAGUGUCUCUCUGCUCUCUUCUCCGUGUCAGCCACCUUCCUCCCCAAACUCUCUCUUUUAACCCAUUUUGCAUGUUGUGUAUUCAGUGUCUUAGAUAAGUGACAGCGCAGAACGAGGCUGCCAAAACUCCUCAGCGGCGUUACUGUAACGCGCUGUAGAUCUUGUUUUCACGUCUUCCGAGAAUGUAUGUCAAACUGUGAAGAACACACUCACGCAUGUGUACGGUCUGAUUGUAAGUGUUUAUGAAAUAAUGUCACCAAGCUUAAGAAUGUGGACGUCAUGACAGUUAAUGCUAUUAUAAACUCUGAGCAGGAUGUUGUUCAAAUCAUUGUGGAUCUUCAUGCUUAUCUGACAGUUUUGAUUAUAUUAUCCAAAAACAAACCUGUAACCAAAAUUCAUUAUCACCCGCCGCGAUGACAAAAGUUUGGUAACUCUUUCUAUGUGUAUAAUGCAUUACAAACAUACUUAUAAAGCAUUAUAAUCUUAUAAAAGCACUGUGUACUUACAGUUAUAAGCACUCAUACGUAUUAAUAAUGCUUUAUAACAGUAAUCAUAACACAUAAAGCAUUUUAUUAUGACUUGUAAGGUCAUAAUACUUUAUAAUUGCUGGUCACUCACAGGAUCAGAGUAUUAUAAUUCCCAUUGUUGUUGUAUAAAAACUGUUAUAAUGCAUAAUAAUGUUAUUAUAAGUAUUCUUAAGUUAUUAUUGUUUGAUUUUAAAUACUUUACUUCACUUAAAGCAAUUAAUGACCACUUAUGGUAACUCAUAACCACAUUAUAAUAUAUUAUAACAGUGCUUUUAAUGCAUUAUUAAAGAUCAUAAUGUAUUACAACUAUGGGAAUUAUAAUACACUAUGAUCCUAGUAAAGCGAGUAAGAAGCGCUAUGAUGCUUGACCUUAUUAGUAAUUAUAAAAUGCUUUAUAAUGUGUUGAAUAUGAAUAUUUCUGAGUGAUACAAGCUGAUUAUAACACAUGUUUAUAAUGCAUUACAGACGUGGGUAUCAUAGAAAGUGUAGACAGCACUACGCCCGGGGCACAAUUCCCACCGUUGGAAAUUCGCAAAAAUGCAGAACCAAACAGUCAAUUAUUUGUGCGUUGGCUGUCCGCAGUGGCCCGUCAGACAGGUGGUGUUACAGUAGCACCAGUCUCCUCGCCCCGGUAUGUGAGUAUGGCGUGACACAUUAUGAUUGAUGGUCAGAGUACGUGCCCGUGAGGCCUCUCUGGCGCUCAACCUCUUAAGCGCCCAACAAACCUGCGAAGGAACUGCGGUGUCCUUGAAUCUUUCUUCCAGGCACAAAAUCCUUCUUUCCUUUUCUAUUGGCUCCCAAGUGCCCACCCUGAAUGUUGGAAUAAAGAUAAGAAGUAAGAGUGAGCCAGAUGUUGUUUGGGGGGUGGAAGCGUAGUCCUGUGAAAGCUAUUUAGUGAGCCUCAUAGGGAGAGCCGUCCUGUUGUUUUACGUUAACAAGCCCAGCAGCUUGGCAGUGGAACUGAGGCCAUAACUGCUUUGCUUUGUUUCCCUCCCCUCUUUGCAGCAUUUAUAGCAUUCAACGGUGUGUGUGAGUGUGUGUGUGUGUGUGUGUGUGCGUGUGUGUGUUUGUCUAAUUCCCCGAGUAAACAAGUGAUGCACAUGACCUGAAGGUGCAGAGAUUUGAGAGAGCUCUCAUCUGAAGCGGCACUAAGCUUCUCAGUUUGGUCACUGUUUAAUGUUUGCAUUGACGAGUCUGAACAGCUAAUGAUGAAGAAUUAUCAUUUACAUUUCCCCCCCCCCCCCCCGAUUCCCAUUUCUCUCUGGUUCGCUUCCCUCUUCGCCUUGUUUAAUAAGUCUUGACACAUUUUUAAUGUUGUAAAUAUGUACUGAACUGCCUCUACCAUUCAUGUUGUCUUUCGUAAAAGCGUCCCUUGGCCCGGGAUGACUCACGUGUAUGGAUGUACAAACCAGAUGAUGUUAUAUGGAUGUGGAAACCAGAAACAUAUGCUUUUGUGAUCACGGCCAGAAUACGUGGUUCGGAUAUUACACAGAAUGUAUUCCUUUUUUGGUUUUAUGUUGUUUCCAAACAACAACCGCCCAAUUGUAAAUGACUUUGAGGAGGAUCGUGUGCAAAUGUGACGCGGGCUGAUCGAACCCUCUCCCAUUGAGGCGCGGGAACUGACACAACAACCCACCACUCUCUCUUACAUUACUGUCCUGGGACACUCACACACACACGUUGUCUUUCUUGGGGAAAGGGAUUCUUCCCUCAGUUCAGUCCUGCUCUUCACUUCUGUUAUAUCAAAGUCUUCCUUGUACAUUUUUCCUCUGAGGCAAUGAACCACUGACUUUUUAAUCUAAAUGAUAAAAAAAUAAAUUAUUAGUUAAUGA